AUGCGUCUGCUCAACACCUUUACUGGUGCCUUCGAGAGCUUUGACGACCCCAGAGCUGUUCGUUAUGCGAUAUUAUCUCACGUCUGGCAGCUUGCGAGCGAUCACGGGCAGUCCGCCGAGUUGAGUUACCAGCAACUCCUUGCUCUCCAGGACUCCGCUGCCGACCCCGUCGACCUGUUCGACAAACUAAGCGCCGUUGCCCCCAAGGUGUACCAUGCUUGCCAGGUGGCCAAGAGGGAUGGGUUUCGCUACAUCUGGAUCGAUUCCUGUUGUAUCGACAAAGCCAGUAGUGCCGAACUCACCGAAUCCAUCAACUCUAUGUUCGACUGGUACCGCUCUGGCAAGGCUUGCUAUGCCUAUCUUCACGAUGUCAAUGACGGACUUGAUCCCAAGCCCGUCACUUCCAAGUUCUGCCGCAGUCGCUGGUUCACUCGCGGAUGGACGUUGCAGGAGCUUUUAGCACCGUGUAACGUCUUGUUCUUGUCGAAGGACUGGAGGCCGAUCGAAUCGAAGUAUGUUUUGGCCAGUACCAUCUCAAGGAUCACCGGCAUCCCGAUCCCCAUUCUGAGACACGAGCAGCCACUGUCUACCGUGCCCGUUGCUCAGCGCAUGUCGUGGGCUUACCAACGGCAGACCACAAAGAUCGAGGACCAAGCGUACUGCCUCCUUGGCAUGUUCGAUAUCAACAUGACGCCCAUCUACGGAGAAGGGCGGGAGGCCUUCAUUCGCCUCCAACAGUCCAUCUUGGAGCAUAUACCGGACCAAAGCAUUCUCGCUUGGGGG